AUGAAGAGCUUAAUCAAGAGCUUUGAAGAAAUCACCUUCGAGUACCUACCAAGGGUCAACAAUAGGUUCACUGAUGGCUUAGCCACUUUGGCUUCAAUGGUCGAAUGCAGUCCAGAUGCUCAAAUCCUCCCAUUUUUGGCAGAUAGAAGAUGCAAAACAACGUAUAAAGAAUCGUUAAAUGCUUUGACUACCAAUGAAAGGACAUGGUUUACACCUAUCAUUGAUUUUAUCAGAGACAGGAAUUAUCCUCUGAAUUCCACAAUGGGUGAACAGAAGCGGUUGCGGAAGAGUGGCACACAAUUUAUGCUCCAAGGUGACCUAUUGUACAAAAGGUCUUAUGAUGGCAUACAAUUGUUGUGUGUAGAUGAAGAACAAGCCCAAGUGAUUAUGGAAGAGAUCCACCAGGGGAUCUGUGGACCACACAUGAAUGCCAAGAUACUCGCCAAGAAAAUCCUCGGGAUGGGAUAUUAUUGGAUAACCAUGGAAGCCGAUUGUGCAUCGUUCGCCAUACAUGUCAGAUAUUCGCCAAUAUCACCCAAGUUCCUCCAACGGAACUCCAUUCAUUGA